GCCCAUAGCUUGUUAUUUAAUGAUUCAUAAUCUUAUGAAUGGAAAUUGGCAAAGACGAUUAUGAGUUUCGGCUAGUUUGAAAUUUGUAACGAGCACGCAAUUUCAUUAUAUCUGUCCGAUUGCUCUCCCAGAUCUCGAUUGAUUCCUGUGUUUCUCUGCAACAGCUCUCUCUCUCUCUCUCUCUCUCUCUCUCUCUCUCUCUCUCGCUCGCUCUCUCGCGUACUCUGGGUUUCGAAGAAGAUGGUUUUGUCUCAGAGGCUCCACGAAGCUUUCAAGGGCACGGUGGAGAGGAUCACUGGGCCUCGCACAGUGUCUGCGUUCAAAGAAAAGGGCGUUCUUAGUGUCAGCGAGUUCGUCAUAGCCGGCGACAAUCUCGUCUCCAAAUGCCCCACCUGGUCCUGGGAAUCAGGCGAACCUGGCAAGAGGAAGCCAUACUUACCUCCUGAAAAACAAUUUUUGAUUACUAGAAAUGUUCCUUGUUUACGGAGAGCUGUGUCUGUGGAAGAAGAAUACGAAGCUGCUGGAGGUGAAGUUCUUCUUGAUAAUGAAGAUAAUGAUGGCUGGCUAGCAACUCAUGGAAAACCAAAAGAAACCAAAUGUGAUGAGGAGAACUUGCCAUCAAUGGAGACCUUAGAAAUCAGCAAGAACAAUAAUAUUCGUUCUAUUUCUUCAUAUUUUGGGGGCGAGGAGGAGGAUGAUAUUCCGGACAUGGAAGAGUACACAGAAUCUGACAACCUUGUUGAAACAGAUCCAGCGACACUGCAAUCUACAUAUCUUGUGGCCCAUGAACCUGAUGAUGACAAUAUUCUCCGUACCCGUACCUAUGAUGUCAGCAUCACGUAUGAUAAAUAUUAUCAAACUCCUCGUGUGUGGCUAACUGGAUAUGAUGAGUCAAGAAUUCUGCUACAACCAGAACUUGUACUUGAAGAUGUUAGUCAAGAUCAUGCACGUAAAACGGUAACUAUUGAAGACCAUCCACAUCUGCCUGGGAAGCAUGCUUCUGUACAUCCAUGCCGGCAUGGGGCUGUUAUGAAGAAGAUUAUUGAUGUUUUAAUGUCCCGUGGAGUGGAGCCUGAAGUUGACAAGUACCUCUUCUUAUUCUUGAAAUUUGUGGCCUCCGUAAUUCCAACAAUUGAAUAUGAUUACACCAUGGACUUCGAUCUUGGUAGCUCCAGCAGUUGAUUUGAGGUGGAUGGAAGCUCGGAAUUUCGGGUAAAUGCGGAAGAAAGUUGCGGGGAUAAUCCCCUCAAACACAUUUCUAGUUGUAUAUAUCAGUUGAAUCAUUCCUUAGAAAUCUUCAUGUAACAGUAAUCCUUGUGAAUGUUCAUCCAACUAUAUUAGUUGUACAGAUGUUUGACAUUGCGAAAUGCUUCCUGCUGUUUUCUGA